AUGGCAUGGCUCAUGUCCCUGGGUUUUGUCCACCUGGUUUCGCUGUUAUCUCUAGGUGAAGCCAAGGUAUUGAGCGACUUAUCGGAUGGAUUUUGUCGGAGUUACACUUUCGGGGCGAACAUUGUCAACGAUGUCCUGUACAUGGUAGAUCUCGACGGAGGUCUCAUUCCCGGAGACACGAAUUCCUCGAACAAUUAUCUCGUGCAACUCGAUCUAUCCUCCUCCUUCUCGACUGAUGACGGCGAAAAAUAUAAAAUGAGCUUGGUCGACAGUGAGGUCCCGAAAAUCAAGGGUCAAGCGCUGUGGUCAGACAAGGCCAAUACGACACUCUUUACGUAUGGUGGGAAUUACCUAGACGUCGCAUCGGUAGACCAGGGGUUGUGGACAUACACUAUUGCCGAUGGGUCAUGGAAAUUACAGCAGACAAGUAUCAAGCCAGUGCGACUACAGGGAGGGGCAUACGUCGAUGCGCCCCAGAUCCAAGCUGCGUAUUGGGUAGGCGGGUUUCAAAACAGCGAUACAACGCCCGCCAUCACCGAUAGCACGGUGGACUAUGCGACGGGGAUGAUUCAGUUCAACACAACCACGGGAACAUUUACACAGUUGGAUGCGCCGUUUGCCCCCGUGCAACAGGGAGCGCUGGUAUAUCUUCCCAUUGGAGAAAAGGGGGUCCUGGUGUUUGUGGGAGGCGAAGUUCCGUCUAUCCAGAAUGGGAUCAAUGCAACUUUGACUCCAAACCAAUGGAAUUAUGCAUGGGUCUAUGAUAUUGCAGGGAACAAAUGGUACAAUCAAACCACUACCGGCAGCGUGGCAUCACGAACCCAGUUCUGUGCAGUUGUCGAAAAAGAUCUCUCCACGUCGUCGUACCAGGUCUAUGUUAUUGGCGGAGCGGACUACAAAUCGAAAGACUCCCUCACGGACGUGUAUGUUCCAAUCAUUCCAUAUAGAACAAUCCAACCUAACACCGACUCACCAGCUCCUAUCUAUCGAUCCCAUCGUUCAAAUGGUUUCAAGCCGCGUCGCUGA